ACACAACAAGACAAGAGUGCAUCGUUUUCAAGGAGAAAGGGUUACGUGUCUAAUAUCUACGACAUAUUACCGACGCUAAGAAAACGACAGAUCUUUAUUACUUUCCACCUUCCCUCGUCACCCUGUCAUGGGACUCUUGCCAACACGUACUCAUCACUUUCCCGACUUUGAAUUGCUCCAAAAAUAUCUAUCCGGUCACUUCGGUUCGUUUACGGACACGUGUCUCAAAGCACCACGCCGACAUUUGCUAGUGUUGCCACGUGUCACUUUCCAAAUAAUGAUUCACUAAUUUUAAUAGCUGAUCCAUAUCCGAAACGGGGCUAUAAAAGUACCUUCCAUGCACUCACGAAACUUCAUCGAUCAAAAACACAUACAUCAUAUCAAACAGAAGCUAGUACGUACUGAUCAAGUGUUUGCUUAGAAGAAGAAAAAAAUUGAGAAGGAAGAUGGCGUCUUACCAGAACCGACCCGGAGCUCAGGCUACUGACGAGUACGGAAACCCGAUCCAGCAGUUGGACGAGUAUGGAAACCCGAUUGGUGGUGGAGGAUACGGGACAGGUGGCGGUCUAGGAGCGACUGGAGGAGGAGGUGCAGGUUACGGAACCGGAGGUGGUCAAGGAUACGGGACUACUGGAGCGGGAGCCAUGGGAGCUGGCGUAGGAGGUAGGCAGCACGGGCAGGAGCAGCUCCAUAAGGAAAGUGGUGGUGGCUUGGGAGGAAUGCUUCACCGCUCUGGAUCCGGAUCCAGCUCUAGCUCGGAGGAUGAUGGACAAGGUGGGAGGAGGAAGAAGAAGGGAAUCACCGACAAGAUUAAGGAAAAGUUGCCAGGUCAUCAUGAUCAGUCUGGUCAAUCUCAAGGAAUGGGGAUGGGAACUACCACCGGAUAUGAUGCCGGAGGCUAUGGUGGCGAGCGCCAUGAGAAGAAGGGGAUGAUGGACAAGAUCAAGGACAAGCUUCCCGGCGGUGGUGGUCGUUAAGCCUAUAUAUGCCAUUGAAACUUGGAACAAAAACAAACGUGUAUGACAUAUAUAAUAAAAAUAAAGGAGUGGCAAUCGCAUAUGGUCGUUAUAUAAUAUGGCCCUGCGAUGUGUUGUACGAGUGUGAGAGAGGACUGUGUAUGAGCAUCUUGUUCUUUUUAUGUUCUUGAUGUGUAUGUAUUCUGAUGUAUUCUGUGCUUUCAGUAUCUAUAUAUAUAUAUGUACCUUCUUUUCUUUUUCCUGUCUUAGUCUUUUUGCCAAAAUAUAUUAAUUCCUAUAUCUUUGGCAGUCGCAUACGCUUUUAUUUCUUGGACGACUGUUAUAGUCCGUGAACCUUAGACUGAGUCAGGCCCGUUUCCGAUAUCGAUGCUCCCUCGCUAAAUUGGGUCGAAUGAGAAUUGGAGAAAUUGGAUUGGAC